AAAUACAGGCGUUAAGAAUGUUACUACGCCUGAACAGCCACUGUCGUCUUCUUCGAGUUCAUUCCGUACACUGGGUAGCUCCUCGGCGAGGAAAUUCAAGUUCUUCUUCAGAGAUAUCCCCUCUUUAUUAGAUCAAAGACAUUGAAAUGGCAGCUUCUGCAGCUUCGAGCUUCCAGAUUGCAGCAGUAAAACCUUCUAUGUUUUCGGCUAAAGGAAUAUUUAGAGGUGGUUUGGCAAAAUUUGACAUGAAUUCUGUUGGACUAUCAUGGGGUAAAUUGUCCAGUGCUUGCCCUGUGUCAUCUGGACAAUAUUCCAGCCGUACCUUCACUUCAUCUCCAGUAAAGUUUAGCAAAGUAGUGACAAAGGCAAUGUCUGAGCCUAGUGAAAGCAAGCCUGCGCCGGGAUUGUCUAUCAAUUUGAAAGGUAAGAGGGCAUUUGUUGCUGGUGUAGCCGAUGAUAAUGGAUAUGGCUGGGCUAUUGCCAAAUCUCUUGCUGCCGCGGGAGCUGAAAUUCUUCUUGGCACGUGGGUGCCUGCUUUGAACAUCUUUGAAACUAGUCUACGCCGUGGGAAGUUUGAUGAAUCACGCGUGCUGCCUGAUGGUUCGAUGAUGGAGAUCACCAAAGUUUAUCCAUUAGAUGCAGUUUUCGACAAUCCAGAUGAUGUUCCAGAAGAUAUAAAAACAAACAAACGUUAUGCCGGCUCCAGUAACUGGACUGUUAAGGAAGUGGCAGAGUGUGUAAAACAGGAUUUUGGUAGCAUUGACAUUCUUGUGCACUCCCUAGCUAAUGGGCCAGAGGUAACGAGACCUCUGCUCGAAACCUCAAGAAAAGGAUAUCUUGCGGCAAUUUCAGCAUCAAGUUAUUCUUACGUGUCCUUAUUAAAGCAUUUCCUUCCAAUUAUAAACCCAGGUGGUUCCUCGGUCUCUCUUACGUACAUUGCUUCAGAGAGGAUCAUCCCCGGAUACGGAGGUGGAAUGAGCUCAGCAAAAGCAGCCCUCGAGAGUGACACAAGGGUUCUUGCUUUCGAAGCGGGAAGGACACAGAAAAUCCGGGUGAACACCAUAUCAGCUGGCCCGUUAAGAAGCCGUGCUGCAAAAGCCAUCGGAUUCAUCGACAUGAUGAUAGAUUACUCCCUUGCAAAUGCACCUCUCCAGAAAGAACUAUCCGCAGAUGAAGUAGGGAACACGGCAGCCUUCCUGGCAUCGCCGCUGGCUUCUGCCAUCACGGGCGCAGUCAUAUACGUCGACAAUGGUCUGAACGCGAUGGGCGUGAGCGUCGACAGCCCGAUAUUCAAGGACCUUGACAUCCCUAAAAGCAGUAGCUAAGGUUAAAAGUGCUUGCAGGCUUUGUAAGUUACAUGUGGAAACUAUAGAGCAAGUUUUGGGUCGUAGUGAUAGAAAUAGAGCAAGAAAGGGCAGGGCAGUGCAUAAGUCCUUCAAAUUUAUUUUUGUACGGCUGGCUCUGGACUUUUCUCUUACUUGCAUCAAUUUUACUCAAAAUAAAUCGCAUUCAUUCACUAGAAUUUCUACCCCCAAA